CGUGCUGCUGGGCACAUACAUUUCAUCAGGGUCCUAUGUUCCAUGACGGGAUGAAAGAGUGGAGUUGUUGCAAGAAAAGAAGUCAUGAUUUCAGCUUGUUUCUAGAAAUUCCUGGGUGCAAGACAGGGAAACACACAACAGAAAAACCAGUUUUAACGAAGCCAGCUGCUGCUCUGGGCCGACCAGUCCCCGCUUCAACUCCCACUGCAAGUGCAUCUCCCAGAGAAACUUGUCCUAGGUGUCGCCAGGGUUUCUUCUGUUCAGAUCAUGGUUCUCAACUAAGACAGGUGAAUCCAAAGCCUUCAAAUACAGCAGCAUUCACCAACUCUAAUGAAAGUGUUCAAGAUUUACCAGAGUGCCAUCAUCCCCCACCAAAGAAAAAAAUUGACAUAAACGAGCCUCAAAUUUGUAAGAAUAAGGGAUGCGGCGAGACCUUUACAGAGAAAGAAAACCACGACAGUGCUUGCAAUUAUCACCCCGGCCCAGCUGUGUUCCAUGAUCGAAUGAGAGGGUGGAAAUGCUGUGAUAUUCAUGAGAAGGAAUUUGAUGACUUCAUGGCCAUUCCGCCUUGCACGAAGGGAUGGCACAAUGCUGAUCCAACGCCAUGACUGGAAAGAAAUGGGGAUGAAAUGAAAAAUUCUUUGAUCUGCCAACGUCAUUUUUUCUCUUUUUGUGACAAAAUUGUGUACCAUUUUAGGAGAUCUUUUGGUCAAAUGUUCUUGGGACUUUUACAUAUCCUGAAACUAAUUUGGUCAAUUUCCUAGGUUGCAGCUUCAUUUCUUCCUUACAUUAUGUUUGGUUCUAGGAAUUUGAUGGGGGGAAAAAUGAAGACAAUGAUAAGGA